UGUCACACGUUGCCGCAAUUUUAGAUGCAGCGUAUCUGCCGGCAAUCAGGAAACAAACAGCAAAUAGUACAAACAGAGGCAACGAGCCAGCUAGCUGUUGGACAGGCGUUAGAAGUCAAGCACUACAGAAAUGGCUCAGUGUGCAGAAUCGUGUUCAAGCAGCGAUUUAAACGGACAGCUUCGAAAGGAGAGAAGAGUAGCUAUCAUCACCGGCAUCACUGGACAGGAUGGCUCGUACUUGGCGGAGUUCCUGCUGGAGAAGGGGUACGAGGUGCACGGCAUCGUUCGGCGGUCCAGCUCCUUCAACACUGGGAGGAUUGAGCACCUCUACAAAAACCCCCAGACUCACACUGAAGGAAGGAAGGAUGGAUCAUGCAAUGGCUACAUGAAGCUUCACUACGGCGACCUGACAGACAGCACCUGCCUGGUGAAGAUCAUCAAUGAGGUCAAGCCCACGGAGAUCUACAACCUGGGUGCCCAGAGCCAUGUCAAGAUCUCCUUUGACCUGGCCGAGUACACGGCCGACGUGGACGGAGUGGGCACCCUGCGCCUCCUGGACGCCAUUAAGACGUGCGGCCUGACCAACAGCGUGCGCUUCUACCAGGCGUCCACCAGCGAGCUGUACGGCAAAGUGCAGGAGAUCCCCCAGAAAGAGACCACGCCCUUCUACCCACGCUCGCCCUACGGCGCUGCCAAGCUCUACGCCUAUUGGAUCGUGGUGAACUUUCGGGAGGCCUACAACCUCUUCGCUGUCAACGGCAUCCUUUUCAACCACGAGAGCCCGAGAAGAGGAGCCAAUUUCGUAACCCGGAAAAUUAGCCGCUCGGUGGCUAAGAUUCACCUGGGACAACUGGAUUGCUUCAGCCUGGGCAAUCUGGACUCCAAGAGAGACUGGGGUCACGCCAAGGACUACGUCGAGGCCAUGUGGCUGAUGCUACAGGAGGAGCAGCCCGAGGACUUCGUUAUAGCGACGGGGGAGGUCCACAGCGUCCGCGAGUUUGUGGAGAAAGCCUUCAAGCACGUGGGGAAGACGAUCGUGUGGGAAGGUAAGGACGUGAAAGAGGUGGGCCGUUGCCAGGAGACGGGGAGAAUUCAUGUGAGGGUGGAUCACAAGUACUACCGGCCCACUGAAGUGGAUUACCUGCAGGGCGACAGCAGCAAGGCUGAGCGCAAGCUGGGCUGGAAGCCCAGGGUGACGUUCGAGGAACUGGUGAAGGAGAUGGUGGAUGCUGACAUUGAACUCAUGAGGAACAACCCCAAUGCUUGAGGCCCCACACCAGCACUAAUGAAGGAGUGUCACCCGCUGAGCACUCUCUCUGUCUCGCUCUCUCAGGAUGUCCAGCCACAGAAAGGCUGUGAAGGAAUCACUGUCACCCUCUUAUGUCACACCAUUGUACGAAUUAAAACAUGUCUGUCUUCUGAGCUUUGUGGGUUAGGGUCAUAUGAUGCCUUUUUUGUCUUUGUUUUUGUUUUUGUUUUUUUCUUCUUCUUCUUCAAAAGUUUAUUUUCAUUUUCCUUUUUUUAUAUAACGUUGGCUUGACUAUAGGUUUAGGAACUUUAAAGGACUUCACAUUUUGUCCUGUUAAUCAUGAAGAUUAGGAUAGUUACUAAAUCAGUGGAUCAUUCUUAUGUUUGACGGGACAAUUGUGAAAUCCACACCUAUGUGCCGAUUUACACUUUCAGUGAAUUAAAUUCAGUUUCACUCAGCAUUCCAAAAUACGACCAUAUUUUCUAUUUUGAUGUACGCCUGUGAAAUUGUUUCUUUAAUUUCCGUAGGAAUUAAUAUAAAGUUAAAGGGAGAGUUUUAUAUAUACAUAUCUAUAUUAAAGCUUUGGAUUUGCAAAACAAAACUCGCUUGCGUGUCACUGAAUUGCUUGUGCAUACUUUGUCGCAGGAUUAGUCUGGUGUGUUCAUUUGUACUGUGUAAUUCAGUUAUUUGCCCUCGCCUCGAAAUUAAAAAUUAUA